AUGACUCUCCCUUUACUGAGUGGUUUCAAACACAACCACGACACUGCUGCUGUUCUGAUCGACCUUGAAGGUGCCUUCGACAACGUAUGGAGAGAAGCAGUCCUCUAUAAACUGGCCAAAGCCGGUAUCUCUGGGAGACUGUUGUUGUCUAUCUCCAGUUUUUUCAGAGACAGAUACUGCAGAUGCCUUGUUAACACUGUCAGAACAGAUUGGCAAGAGACAAGUGUAGGAGUUCCUCAGGGUUCGGUCAUUGCUCCGAUCCUUUUCAUCAUUGCAAUCAAUGAUGUUUCUCCACAUCUAGGCAAUCACAUCAAGUAUGCUGAUGAUAUCACCCUAUGGGAGACAAGCAACUGCCUGCAUACUGCGGUUGCGAAUCUGGAAGUCAAGUUGCAACAGCUAGAAAAGUGGUGCAAUACCUGGCGUUUCUCGGUCAACACCUCAAAGACUAAUGUCAUGUGCUUCAGUAAAAGAGGUCACAAGGACAUUGCAGUACACAUGGGCAGCCAUCGCCUCACCCAAGUAAAUGAGUGCAGAUGUCUAGGUGUCAUCUUGGACGAGAAUCUGCGUUUCAGUAGUCAAGUUGAAACAGCAGCUUCAAAAGCCAUGAGAGCACUUUGCAAGAUCUCUGCCUUAACAUCACACACUGCUGGUGCCAGCAUGGAACUCAUGCUUCUAUUGUACUCGGCAUGUAUUCGACCGCACCUGGAGUUUGCCUACCCUGUAUGGUGUACAGUCAGGUCCAUCUCGGCGCUGGAAAGAGUUCAAAAUCUUGCGCUUCGAAUGGCCACAGGGACCUUUGUUCACUGCUCUUCUGAUGCUGUGGAAGUAAUGUCUCACACUCUUCCUCUUGACAUAAGACUACGUGAAAUACUUGCGAGAACCUUGUGCCAGUACAUUCUUAGUAAGGAAGAAACAGAUAACUUCAGGGUAUUAGUCCAAAGUCUCUUGGGUGAUCCAGCAUUCUCACGUGGACCCAGAAGCACCCCUCUCUGCUUGAUGACCAGGGCCCUUAAAGAUCUGAAUGUCAGCCUACAGGUAAACGAUCCUGGCUCCCAACCUAUCGAAGAUAUGUCUGACAUCCUCUCGUGCAGAAUGGAAGAGGAUCGCAUUGAGUGGAGAAACCUUGGAAAUAGUAGAGACAGAAGUAGUGAGCAGAAGGACCAGGCUCUGAAGUUGGCGACUGAUUUCAUUCUAAGUCUCAAUACCGAUACUAUCAUCUUCACAGAUGGGUCUGCAUUGUCGAACCCAGGUCCUUGCGGAGCAGGCAUUGUCAUCUACUGGACAGGACUGAACUGCAUACCAACCUGCAUCGGCAAGCCUGUUGCUAGAAAUUCGAGUAGCUUUCAUGCUGAAAUGGUCGCCAUAGAAACAGCUGUGGAACAUGUCACCCUGAAGAAACCAGCCCUAGUCGAUCAGGUAGUGCACAUUCUCACUGACUGUCAAAGUGCUGUCAUGGCCAUGACCAGUUCUCUCCACUCUUCAUCGUUCCCAGAGGUUGUGUCUCGCACUAAUAAAAACAUCACUCUUCUAAGAAGUAGAGGCACUACUGUCACCAUCACAUGGAUCGCUGGGCAUGCAAAUAUCAUGGGAAAUGAACUUGCUGACCAACUAGCCAAGGAUGCUGCUUUGGAAGCUGCAAGCUCAUCAUCAUUAGCUUCUGCAAUUACUCUGCACAAGGAAAGUGCCAAGACUAUGCGUAAGAACACUGAGAAGCUCUGGCAACGACGAUGGGACAGAUCUACAAAAGGAAGAUGGACAUACCAACUCCAGCCCACAGUUGCCAGGAAGAGUGCACACAGCUCUCUUCCAAGAUCCACAGAAGUGAAGCUGAUGAGGAUGCUCACAGGACAUACCAAACUCAAUGACAAUAUGCACAGAAUUUUCCCUCACAACCACCCUUCACCUAACUGCAGUUGCAACAGAGACAGGGAAACUAUAGAGCAUGUCCUUCUCCACUGUUCACUCUAUGAGUCCAGUAGACUGAAGAUGAUACAGACCAUAGAGAUAGGAUACAGCAAAACUAACACUCCAUACCAUCUCAGAGAGAUCUCGGUGGUCACCCUCCUGGGCUUCAACCCUGCAAUGACCAAGCAAAUGCAAUCUAUUAUUAGAGCAUCGGUGGUAGCAUUUGUCUCAUCCACCAGUGCUAACAUCUAG